ACGGUGAUCUCGACUGCGGAAUUGGUUGGUGAUCAUAGUCAUGAUCCCAAGCGGGUCUUCCUCUCUGACGAGAGGAACGACAACCCGCUUGACUGUAUUGUGUCCAAGGUUAAAAUACUGCAAGUCGAUCCCAAGCUUGAUCUGGAAGCAAAAGCCCAACUAGCGGCUGACAGCGAUCUGUACUGUGACAUGUCGUACACUGUGCCCUACUCUACCUUUGAAAAUAUCACAAAUGAUAUAAAUGAAAUUUCAGGGAUUUCUUCGGAUGCUGAUUCGGAGGUUGACACCUCUGUGGCAACCGCAACGCUACUUGACCUUUAUUCUGGUUGCGGUGGCAUGUCCACUGGAUUGUGCUUGGGCGCUGCACUAGCUGGAUUGAAACUUGAGACGAGGUGGGCUGUUGAUUUUAACAGCUACGCGUGCAAUAGCUUGAAGUCCAACCAUCCCAAGACCGAGGUGCGGAACGAGAAGGCGGAUGAUUUUCUAUCUCUUUUAAAAGAAUGGGCAGUUCUAUGUGACCAAUAUGUCCAUGGUAAUAAUGCUGAGGCACCUCCUCCGAUGGACGAUGAGGAGGAAGAGGGUGAACUCGAAAAGGACGAAUAUGUCGUGCAAAAACUCACUGAUAUCUGCUAUGGUGGCAUUGAUAGGAAAAGUUGCAUUUAUUUCAAAGUGCAAUGGAAGGGAUAUGGCCCCGAAGAGGAUACCUGGGAGCCCAUUAAAAACCUUAGUGAUUGCCCUUUAAAAAUAAAGGAGUUUGUUCAAGAAGGCCACAUGCGAAAAGUAUUACCACUGCCUGGUGACGUAGAUGUCUUGUGUGGGGGGCCGCCUUGUCAAGGGAUAAGCGGGUUAAAUCGGUUCAGAAACCAUGACGACCCACUAAAUGAUGAUAAGAAUAGGCAGCUGGUCACUUUUAUGAACAUCGUUUCCUAUUUGCGGCCGAAGUUCGUUUUGAUGGAAAAUGUGGUGGAUAUACUGCAAUUUGCCGAAGGAUAUCUAGGUAGGUAUGCGUUGAGCCGGUUGGUGGCUAUGAACUACCAGUCUCGGCUCGGUAUUAUGUUAGCAGGUUGUUACGGGCUUCCACAGUUCCGCAUGCGCACCUUCCUAUGGGGUGCCCUCACUACAAUGGUACUCCCAAAACAUCCUCUCCCCACACAUAAUGUUGUUAUACGAGGCGGGGCGCCGAAUGCAUUCACGCAAAGCAUUGUGGCAUAUGACGAAAUUCAAAAUCCAACCUUGAAGAAUGCCUUGGUUCUUGAAGAUGCGAUCUCAGAUUUACCGAAGGUUGGUAACGAUCAAGCUGAUGACGUACUUGAAUACCUUGCGAAACCAAAGACAGAAUUUCAGCGCUACAUUCGUCUUAGCCGUAAAGAAAUGUUGGACUACUCAUUCGGUGAUAAAACCGGUCCUGGAGAAGGCAAGCUAAUGGAUCACUGUCCUCUGAAGUUGAAUAAAGAUGAUUAUGAGCGCGUUAAGCGAAUACCAUUUGAGAAGGGAGCCAACUUCCGUGACCUGGAAGGUGUAAGAGUAGGGCCAAACAACGUCGCUGAGUUUGACCCUGAGAUUCCACGAGUUUACCUUGAGUCAGGCAAUCCAUUGGUCCCUGAAUAUGCAAUAAAGUUCAGGAGCGGCAAGUCUCUCAGGCCGUUUGGACGACUGUGGUGGGAUGAGACGGUCCCUACAGUGGUGACCAGUGCAAAUCCACACAGCCAGAAAAUAUUACACCCGGGUCAGGCCCGGGUUCUGACCGUCCGUGAGAAUGCGAGGCUGCAGGGGUUCCCGGAUUAUUAUCGCCUGGAUGGUUCCAUCAAGGAGCGGUACAUGCAAGUCGGCAACGCGGUGGCGGUCCCUGUGGCCCGGGCCUUGGGAUACUCUCUGGGCCUGGCGUACCUGCGCAAACACGACGGCAGUGACGGCCCGAUGCUGGUGCUGCCUGCCAACUUCUUUAGCCCGGGGCAGACCGAGGCCGUCGCGCCCGCGGACGGGGUUGCAGAGGAGUAGGACACAGAUAGCAAACGUUGCUGCUGGUCUAUUGAACUGGGGCCAUUUUCUGAAAUUGAACUAGGUUGCUGUUAUUGGCUAGGAUUGGAGAUUUGUGAUUGGCUGGGAUUGGAGAUUGUGCACACGCCUGUUUGAGCGCGUUUUUUCUGCCUUGGUUGUAUUUUUCUCAGCAUUAUCAUUGGUUUCCAAUUGAUGAUUUUCAUCAGUAGAGUGGUGGUCAUAUGUCUGUUUAUGAAUAGUCGAGUUUGUGCUCAGCUCAAGUUGCAUCUCAUUGUGCCUGUGGUGA